AGAACUUUUAUCAACAUUAUUUCAUAAACAAAUAUUUUAGAAUACCUCUCUUGAAUCUACUUUCUCACUGAUGGUAUGGCACAUCAUAUUUAAAUCUCAUUUUAUCACCUUACAAGAUAUCUUUGGAUGAAGCAUAAAGAGCUACCUGACAUCAAAGAAGGUCCCAUCACCAACUUCUUGCCUAAAAUUGAGACCGGUAUUGAUGCUGCCUUCUGGAUUCCUCGCAGAUCAACAGCUUAUCUAAUUCAUGAAUCCACAUUCUGGACCAUAAAAGGUUCUGUUAUAAAAGGGAAGCCCAGAACACUUAGCUACUUUGGAUUUCCAGCAUGGGUGCAAGAUGUGGACGCUACAGUGCACAUUGAAAAAACAGGUCGUACCCUCUUCUUUUUGCAGGACACUUACUGGAGUUACAAUGAAAACAGAAAAAUUAUGGAUUUUGGUUACCCGAAGUACAUCAGUGAGGACUUUCCAGGAAUCAACAGCACUAUAAAUGCUGCUUUCUACAAAAACAGUUUCAUCUACUUCUUUAUGGGACCACAAGUCUUAAAGUUUGACUGCACACUCAAACAAGUCGUCGGAGUGGAAAUGGCUAAUUCUUGGCUCGGAUGUUGAGAAGAAUGUGGAAACUGGGAGUUCCUGUGUAUUAAAGUGAAGAAUUACAAACUGAUGCUUGUGCUUUUUGAAUGUAUGUGGAUGUCUUGACUCUUGUCUGAGCAGCUGCUGUGGUUUGUGUCUCGCAAAUCUGUGUUUUUAAUCCCAUAUGCAUGCGGUGUAGACAGACAUACAGACAAGGCAGAGCUUAAUUUAGGCUUUCAUCACAAACAGCUGCAGGUUUCAACCAGACUUUGUAGAAAAAACAUACCGUUCUUCAAUCCACAACACUCAUUUCUAUACUACGAAACACACACACUGUGUUUACCAUUACAGACAGAAGUCCCAGACAUAUGUAGAUGCUUUAGUGGAGCUUGUAACCACAAAACAUCCAGAAAAUUACUGCAGGUAGCUGUAACUACCAGGAUGGAGCUCUUUCAGGAUGUGAUUGCUCCACUGGCUUCUGUAUAUAAAAUGUGAUGUGGACAAGAGGAACAUUUGAAACAUGGAGUUGUUGCGGAAUUGGACGCCCAUUUUGGGAGCUCUGAUGUUUGUGGGGAUGUCGUGGACUCGACCUGUUGAUGAAGAUCAAAAAAUGAGAACUGAGGAUGUGGAGCUGGCUGAGGGUUACCUCAGGAGGUUCUACAGCCUGGAAAUUAAAGGUGGAGCAAGAAGAGCCAGGUCUACGUCAGUCAUGGAGGAGAAGAUCAGAAAAAUGCAGAACUUCUUUGGUCUCAGAGAAACAGGGCACCUGGACUCUCAGACUCUGGAUGUGAUGAGGGAGCCUAGAUGUGGUGUUCCAGAUGUGGACAACUUCAGCUUUUACCCUUACAAGCCAAAAUGGAAGAACACCACCAUCACAUACACGGUUGCAAAAUAUACUCCAGACAUGAGUAGAGGGGAAGUGCAAAAGUCAAUCCGUUUGGCUCUGAAGAUGUGGAGCGACGUAGCUCCUCUGAAAUUCAUCGAGAUCAACCACGGCAAAGCUGAUAUUGUCUUGUCCUUUGCCAGCAGAGCUCAUGGCGAUUUCUUUCCCUUCGAUGGGCCUGGCGGGGUGCUGGCUCACGCCUUUCAGCCUGCAGAGGGGAUGGGUGGAGACGUGCACUUUGACGAGGAUGAACGGUGGUCAACAGGAGGACAAGGUUACAGCCUGUUUGCUGUUGCAGCUCAUGAACUUGGUCACUCUCUGGGUUUGACCCAUUCGACAGACCCCUCAGCUGUCAUGUACCCGACCUACAGGCAUCACGGCAGUUCACAGUACAACCUGUCCUCGGAUGAUGUCCAGGGCAUCCAAACACUGUACGGAAAACCCAACAACAAAAAAGUAGAAAUUCAGCCAACUGCUCCAAAAAAAUGUGACCCCAUGUUUUCAUUUGAUGCAGCAGCAAUGAUCCAAAAUGAGAUCAUUUUCUUCAAGAGCAGACACGUGUGGAUGAGAACGACAAAGUCAUCUUAUUGGAAUCAGCUGAGAGAAGGCCACAUCAGUUCAUAUUUUCCUGGCAUUGACUCACCUGUAGAUGCUGCUUAUGACAUCCCAGCCCAAGGCAUGCUCUUCAUAUUCACUGGUCAAAAGUACUGGGUGAUUCAGGAACUCAAGAUAAGAGGUCGUGCUGGCAGCAUCUAUGAGUACGGUUUCCCCUCCAGUGUCAGGCAGGUUGAUGCUGUGGUCCAUGUGGCUGAAUAUGAGAAAACCAUCUUCUUCGCAGGACAGUUUUAUUACAGGUAUGACGAGCAGAAGAGACAGAUGGAUUCUGGUUUUCCGAGACGGAUCCAAACCGACUGGACUGGAAUCCCAAGAAGAGUCGAUGCUGCAUUUAAAAUGAAUGGUGGACUGUUCCUCCUCAGUGGGUCCAGAUCUUACCAAUAUGACUUCAGACAGAAAAGGGUGGUAAAAAUAAUAGCAGGAAACACUUGGCUGGGAUGCUGAUGCACUUAAAAUCCAUCUUUAAAAAGAUGAAAAUAUAAAGUCAUCUGUACAUGGACCUGACACCCAUGACCCAUUACCUGACCCUUGCAGCUGUCCACAGGUGUGCUGGGUCACUCAGGAGCAAACUGCUUCAGCUCUCCCAGGAUGGAGGGUUCCUGCUCUAGAUUUUUAACGGGGCUAAGAUCAUGGUUCAUAGAAGGCCACUUCUAAAUAGCUUAACAAUUGGUUCUGGGGCAUUAUUUUGGUGGUUUUAUCUGUUUUGGGUCAUUAUCCAGAUAGAGGACCCUAGACCUGGGACUCAGACCAAGCCUUCUGACAAUGGGUUUGGCGUUUGGUUACAGAAUGACUUACAAGUCUUGAGAUUUAAGUGGACCCUGAACGGAUUGAGGACACUCUGUACCGAGUGACGCUCCAGAAAAGGACUGAGCUUCCUCUGUAUUUCCGUCUCUGUUUGUUUGCUGAAUGUAUCCAUCUGUGAGCAUAAAGACAAUUCUGUGAAGGUGGUCAUAUUUCUGACUUUAGAACCAAUAAAGCCAAUUUGAAAGCAAUAGUUUAAAGUGUUAUAAACUCUUUAGUGUUGCUUUAAUUUAGCCCAGAGAGGUUGCCUACAACCCUGUGGAGUUAAAAACCUAUGAAAAAUAUGUAAUUGUUUAUGUUUGUGUUUAAUAAACAUAAACAUGUCAUUGUA